CCUCCAGUCGGCUCAUUCUUCUCACUUCAGGGCGAUUCCUAGGGGGGCAAAAUGCAGUUUACAACUGAAAAAAGAACUAGCACAAAUGGAUCAAAGGCCACGAAGACAUUUGAGACAUGUUUCUACGAAGGGAAGCUUCAUGGAAUUCAUGGUGGCACAUCUUGUGUGUUUCUGGCCUCCCAGCACCAUCCCCUCUUCAAACGCACCCUACCAAGCUCAGCAUCAAGACAUCACCUUGAAGUGAAAAGAAUGAGCCGUGUGGAGGGUCUGAGGGCCAAUCUGCCUCAGUUUACUCUGGAGGGAGAGCCCUUCCUUGUCCUGGGGGGCUCCAUCCACUACUUCCGUGUCCCCAGAGCCUACUGGGAGGACCGGCUGCUGAAGAUGAAGGCCUGUGGCCUCAAUACUCUCACAACAUAUGUGCCAUGGAAUCUGCACGAGGCUGAGAGAGGAAUAUUCAACUUUCAGGAUCAGCUGGACCUCAAGGCCUAUGUCAGUUUAGCAGCAGAGCUGGGUCUGUGGGUGAUCCUGCGUCCUGGACCUUACAUCUGCGCUGAAUGGGACUUGGGCGGGUUGCCUAGCUGGUUGCUACAAGAUAAAAACAUGCAGUUGAGGACGACUUAUCCUGGAUUUGUAGAUGCUGUCAACCUCUACUUUGACAAGCUUAUCACAGUUAUCAAACCACUGAUGUUCGAAGAGGGAGGCCCAAUCAUUGCAGUUCAAGUUGAGAACGAGUAUGGAUCAUAUGCCAAAGAUGAGAAAUACAUGCCAUUUAUAAAAAAUUGUCUCCAGUCCAGAGGGAUCAAGGAGCUCCUGCUGACCUCAGACAAUUGGGAGGGCUUGAGAUAUGCAGGGAUGGAGGGAGUUCUAAAAACAAUAAACCUCCAAAGACUGUCGUUCGGAGCUAUCCAGUGCUUAGCUGACAUGCAGCCCCAGAAACCUCUAAUGGUGAUGGAGUAUUGGUCUGGGUGGUUUGAUGUCUGGGGAGACCAUCACCACGUGUUCCAUGCUGAGGAUAUGCUGGCUGUUGUGUCAGAGAUCCUGGAGAGAGGUGUCUCCAUUAAUCUGUACAUGUUCCAUGGGGGAACCAGCUUUGGCUUCAUGAAUGGAGCGAUGGACUUUGGCACCUACAAACCUCAGGUCACCAGUUAUGAUUACGACGCUCCGCUAUCGGAGGCUGGAGACUGCACCCAAAAAUAUCAACUCUUGAGGAAUGUAUUCAGCCAGUACCACUCUGAGCCUCUUCCUGAAGUGCCCUCUCCUCAGGAGAGGAGAGCAUACGACCCUGUAGUCAUCCAGCGGCACCUGUCACUGUGGGACAGCCUGCACCUCACCGACAAGCCAUACAGGUCAGAGAUGCCAGUCAACAUGGAGAAUCUUCCUGUCAACAAUAACAAUGGUCAGUCAUACGGUUACACACUGUAUGAAACCACCAUCACCAGUGGAGGAACCCUCAACUCCAGGAAUAAUAUCAGAGACAGAGCUCUGGUUUUUGUGGACAAACAGUGUGUUGGUAGUUUGGACAACAAGACUCACGAGCUGACCCUUCCUGAUGGAAAGGGAGAAAGAACGUUGAGCUUACUUGUGGAGAACUGUGGAAGAGUGAAUUAUGGGAAAGCUCUAGAUGACCAGCGCAAAGGUAUUGUGGGAGACAUUAUGUGGAAUCACACCCCCCUGAGAGGAUUUACCAUCUUCUGUUUAGAUAUGAAGCCAGGCUUUAUGAAAAGGUUAAUGAGUUCUGGUCAGUGGAAGUCUGACCCCAAGACACCCUCCAUUCCAGGGUUUUUCCAGGCCAGACUGUAUGUGGACAGUCCUCCCAGAGACACCUUCAUCAGACUCCCUGGUUGGGGUAAAGGAGCCGUGUUUGUCAAUGGACAGAACCUUGGACGUCAUUGGUUCAUCGGCCCCCAGCAGUUCCUUUAUCUACCAGGAGCUUGGAUGAGAAGUGGAGAGAAUCAGAUUAUUGUUUUCGAGGAACAAAAGGCGGCUGACAAAGUACUGUUUGCUGAAAAUCCUGAUCAUGGAAGGACAAUUGAUGUUUACAAACUCCCCUUUUGCACACUGCUGUGAAAAUAAUGUAGAGCAACAACACACAUACUCUUGCACGUGGCAAUUAUCGUCAAUGAUUUAAAGCUAUUAAUUUACUAACUGUGAUAUUUUAAAUUGCUAUUGUACAGCAGUAUGGUUAAUUAUUUCUUCAAAGGUUUAGUGACGUUACAUCUUGCCAUUGUUUCUUUUGCCAUAAAUUGAAUAAUGCAACACC